AAAGUAAACAACUUAAGUAGGGAGAUUUUGUUUACCUUCAGGUGAUCUUGUUUUACAACCUGCAUAACAACGAUUAAUAAAAGUUAUUAAAUAAAAGUUGUAAUGACGACAACACCGAUUGUAACAAUUACCAGAAAGGAGUCAUUUUCAUCUGCUCAUCGGCUCCAUAGUAAAUCGUUGUCGGAUGAAGAAAAUCGUAAUAUAUUUGGAAAGUGCAAUAGUUUGAAUGGCCAUGGUCAUAAUUAUACGGCUGAAGUUUCUGUUCGAGGACCGAUCGACAGAGAAAAUGGAAUGGUAAUGAAUCUCACAGAGCUGAAGCAACUAAUGAAUGAUUGCAUUAUGACCACAAUGGAUCAUAAAAACAUUGACAUGGAUGUUCCAUAUUUUAAAACCAUUCCAUCAACAGCAGAAAAUAUCGCGGUAUUCAUCUGGGAUUCUUUGUCAGCUCGACUUCCGAAGCCAGAACUACUGUUUGAAGUGAAACUAUGGGAGACUGAUAAGAAUUAUGUUACGUAUCGAGGAAAGAAAACCGAAGUUCGUUCUGAUCGAAGAUCAGGGAAAAACAUUUGCGGUUCAAUGUCUUCAGAUUCUGAAUAAAAAAAAGAAAUAAAAUAAGC